CAGGUCACGUGCUUCUUAACCAAAUAAACAAAAUACAACGUUAGCCAGCAAUCGUGCAUGAAAACGAACUAAACAAGUCGUUUUAUGUCAGCCAGGGCCUGAAAAUAUCCUCGGAGCUUUCACAGAACCUGCUAGUUAUGCCAUACAAGGCAUGGCAGAGAGACAGGACAAUGAGGUGGAGGAGGCAGACCAGGUGUACCUGCUGAUGAAGGAGGAGUACCGUAUCUCACGGAAUGUACGUCUGGCCUGGUUCCUGGGCAAGCUUAACCAGGUCAUCUGGCCAGCCCCAAAGUCUGAACUGCUGAACUCUGAGAAUGAGCUGGACCUGCUCAGCAUCUUGCCGAAGGGAUGGCAGCCAGACUUUCCCCCCUCCACCAUACCCUACCUGCUGGUACCUUCCACUCGGGUCACCUUCCUGGCCCGCAGGUACCGCUUCAUCAUCGAGCUGGACCUCAGCCCCUCCACUGGGAUCGUGGAUGACAGCACGGGGGAGAUGAUAUUUGAUGAGGUAUUCCAUGCCUUGUCACGAUGCUUAGCUGGACUGGUCCGACCCUUCAAUGUUCCAGGCACAGAUCUUGUUUUCCAACCGGAGAUCUUUGUCACUAUCCUGGCUUAUUCCUCCAUUAUUGGGCUCAAUACACACCAGGUGUUGGUGCAGGGUUGUCAGCUGAAUCGUACAGACCUAGUUCAGUUCCUACACCAGGUCUACCAGCAGCUGCGAUCAGUGGAGAACAACAUUGCAGAGGUCCUUCAACAGCAGCACAGCCAUCUUCAACAGCAGCACGACCAGUCUGAUGGGCCAAUCCCGUGCUCCGGGCUUGGCAGUGACAUCACCAUGGAGGAGGUGCCUGUGAGGAAACAUGGUGUUUCCAUGGUGACUGCAGACGUCGGGCUGGUCAGCAUGGUGCGACAGGGCAUCCUAGCUCUACAGCUGCUGCCCCCCAACUCCUCCGCAGGUAUAAUCAUCAUCACAGACGGGGUGACCAGUGUGCCUGAUGUGGCUGUGUGUGAGACCCUUCUGAACCAGCUCAGGAGUGGAACCAUCGCCUGCUCCUUCGUCCAGGUGGGUGGGGCCUACUCCUACAAUUGUAGUUUUGGGUACAUCCCUAAUGUUGAGUUGAUGAAGUUUAUCUCCCUGGCGACCUUUGGCUCCUACCUGUCCAGCUGCCCUGAGCCUGAUCUGGCCAGUCAGGAUAUGAACACCUACCACAAGGCCUUCCUCACAUACUCCUUCCUCAAGACCAGCGAAUCCAUGAACCCUGAGUACUACUGUGUGUCUCAGCACAAGCUGUUCAACGAGCACCUGGUGUCAGCCAGUGGGAACCCUGCGCUGGUGAUGAGGAGGAAGAAGCACACAGAGAAGGAAGUGCACGCCCACCUGGUCAGUGUGGUGUCAGUCAGACUGAGAGAGGGAUACACCAUCAGGGAGAUCAACCUCACUAAAGGUGGCACCCAGCUGGAGGUGAAGCUGGUGUUGCUGUGGAAACACAACAUGCGUAUAGAGUACCUGGCAGUUGCCCAGUGGCCCCUGGAUCCUGCCAAGAGGACCACCUGGGUAGAGGUCACCAUGGAGGGAAGCUACGACAUCCUCCAUGAUAUCAGCUGUACCAUGAGGAAACCCAUCACCUCAACCUACCGCACCUCCGUCAUCAGGCGAUUCUGGAACACACUGCAGAGUAUAAACCAGACAGAUCAGAUGCUGGUCCACCUGCAGUCCUUUAACUCUCUCCCAGAGAACUACACAAUCCCUGAGAGCACCAAGAACGGAGUUCCUCUCUUCUACAUCCCACCUGGAUCCACCACGCCUGUUCUCUCCCUCCAGCACAGUGGCUCUAAGGACUCCUCCCAGUCCCAGUUUGCCUUCUACUGGAAGCCCAUCCUGUCCAUGGACGCCAACUUCUGGCAGAGAUGGCUUCACAUGCACCGCAUUGCUAUCAUCCUGGAGCACGACAUGCCUGUGCCCAAGCACCUCCACACUGCUGGUAGUAACGGGCGUUUCAGCACCAUCCAGUGUCGUAUCUCCCACUCAGCCCUCACCUCUUUACUGAGGGACUGGAGCAGCUUUGUACUGGUGGAGGGAUACUCGUAUGUCAAGCUCAUAUACAGUGCCUCUGACCAGCCCCCCAACUCAUUCUAUCUGGUGCGUCUGAUCUCCAAGGCUCCCUGCAUGGUGCUGAGGCUGGGCUUUCCUAUCGGCACCCUGGCCCACACCAGGAACAAGAUAGUGGAUGAGCUGCGGGAGCAGAUCCUGAGGCUUCGCUUCCCUCACCGCGUCCAGAAUAAGGAGGCUACGCCCAAGACCAAGAGGAAGAUUCUGGGGCACGCAUCCCCCUCCAAGUCUCCUCCUCUCCCUGCUCCCAAACCUGCGCUGUCUGACCGGCCAUGUGUGGUGGUCCUCAACAAACCUCUGGAGAAACUACUUAUCAGGUACGAGAAGCUCCCGUCAGACUUCCGGACCCCGUUUAUUCUGAACAUGGAGAACUUCACCCAGCCCACUAACAUGACCGUGCCCCUUAGCAUGGCAGCCAAUCGGACGGCCUCGUCCACGCUGGCGUCGCUGUCACGCUACUUCCUCCAUCAGCGCUGGGUGUGGACAGUGCAGAGCGGCCUGGGUGCUACCGUACCGCUGCAAGCUGUGGUUCAUAUACUGUCCAUGCUGUCUGAGAUUCGCCUCUCUGAGGGCUUUCAUUUUGCUGCCAGUGGAGAGGGCAUAGUCAACAUGGUGACUGAACUGCCAAUGAAGGGGAUGCCAGAGGCGGUGGACAGAGAAAGUCACACCUGUAUCGUCCAGUAUAUCCUGUUUCCACCUCACUCCACCUCUACCAAGGACAGUUUCUCCACAGACGAUGACAACGACACAGAGGUGGAGGCCAUUGAUGUGGACACAGAGCUCAACCUGGUGACAGAGUGUUGGGUAGAGCCUCAGAGUGGGACAGUAUGGAGCCCUAGAGACCAACAUAGACACUUCCAGGAGCUCACCUACCAGGAGAUUCCACAGGCGAUCUUCCCCCGGGAUCUGACCUGUAUGUCCACCAUUAUGACGUUUGAGUACCUUAGCCAGCUGUGCCAGAACAAGGAGCAGGUGUACCCUCCCAUUGGGACCGCUGCAGGAGAACCCCCUGCCUCUGAGGACUGCAUCCACACUGUUCCCUUCCAGUUUGACCUCAUCGAGCUGCUGCCCAAGUGCCAACAGAUAGAAAUAUUCUUCCUCACUCUCAGCAGAGUGGAGAACGAGGAGGUGUCCCAGAGCACCCCCUAUAUUCCCAACGAGCUCCUGCUGAGCCUGUUCCACAGCAGCUUGCAACAGGAACUCAGUGACCGGGAGAUCCCAUUGGCUGACCAGGACAACGUCACCUUCAUGCAUCACAUCCUAGACAGGGAACGAGACGGACAUGUUGCACCCUUCUCUCUACCGGUCAUCAGAGAAGAGUGCCUGAAACCUCCAGAGAGACAGGACACAAUGAUGUCCUUCCACACUACAGGGAGCAGUAAGGAGGUGACAGGAUCAACCAGUACCCUUCAGAGUUUCAGCAAUGCAGACCUGGUGGAUGAGGAGCCAGUCCCAGUGGAGAGGGAUGGGUCUACCCCUCAGUGGAAGUGUUACGCCAAGUACAUCAGCCCUCAGCAGAUCCUACUGACCUUCCUCCCCGCCACCUUCACAGAUGUCCAGAUGUUGAUGUCGUCUGGGCUGGAGACCGAGCCCCAGGAUAACGGAGAUGAUGACGACACCCUGACUACCGGCAACAAAUCACAGGCUGAUUCUCACUCUGGCUCCACCAAUGGGCUGAAUGGUGGGUUGAGUAGCGGGUUGAGGUCCCCCAUGCUCUCCCCUGGUGGUGGUGGUCCUGUGGGACCCAGGUCACCCCUGCUCUCCCCUGAAUCUGGGAGCUCCACGUUGGAGCAGGACAACUGGGAUAGCCGUUUCUCUGAGCCUGAAAAUGGCACCAAAGGUGCCAGUGUGGAGGAGAAGGACGGGGUGCAGUUCGCUGAGCCCCAGAAGAGAGACUUCCACAUCACGUUCAGUCGCCAGGCGUCCCAGCAGAGCUCAGGGGAUCUGUCCCGUCCGCGCUGCCCUGUAUAUGUCUAUAACUGUUCCCUGGACUCUCUGAAGGAUCAGCUACUCAAUCCCCACUCUAACAGGCAGCCAAGGGACAUCUUCUUCAGACCUCAAGACGCUGACUCCUGGGAGAUGCAUCAGCAGAUGAAGUUCAGGUCUCUAUCUCAGGAACGCAGCAGCACCUCCUCCUGGACAGACCUGAUGUCGCAGCCUCAUAAACACAAGGAGCUGGCCAACUACUGCAGCCUGCUACAGGAGCACUACCACCAGUGUUACGUCACAGGUGUGUACCGCAGCCUGCAGCAGUCCCACAGCAUCAGUUCCCAGGACUUGCUGACAGCCAUGGACUACUGUGAGGAGUCUCUCCAGGAGAUAGACAUCACUUCCUUCCUCCAGACGCUCUGUGGACACAUCCGGGUGUUCCGAGAGCGCCAUGGAGACGGAGGAGUCGGGGGUCACAGCAUCACCCCCGCCACCUUCACCAUCGGAGAGGCAGAGGAAGACGGGCUGGUCAAGAGAGGACCCAUGGCCUCCUCAUCCAGUAUUGAGAUGGUGGACGUGAGUGAGGCAGAGAACAGGGGGAAGGCCUCGGCCCCUAACUCCCCCCUCGGCCUGGACGAACCCCCCGGGACCAUCAGAAUACCAGAGUUCCCUCUGUCCCUCCUCCGCCUUCAGCAGAAGUGCGAGGUCUACCCUGACCUGCACAAAAUCAUACAGGACAAAUUCAUGGACAUUGGUGCUCAGUUCUUCAAGACCGUGCCUUCCAAUCCUCACUACUUCUACUACUGCCCACCAUCAUCUAAGAAAGAGAUAUGUGACUCUGAUAGGGAAGAGGAGAGACGACUUAGUGAAGAGGUUGUCUCCGAGGCUGAGCCUGCUACAGAGGACGAGAACAUGUCGGGCUGUUGCAUCAUGAUGGAGAGCGACACAGACCUGGAGGUGGAGUACCAGGAGAGGGCCGGGGGCCGGAGAUCCCUAGGGGCAGACGGAGAGGGGGAAGCAGGGGGAGAGGGGGAGGAUGAGUCCCUGUCUGACUCCAACACGGUGAACCAGGAUGAGGACUCCUUCAGCAUUCUAGAGGGAGACAGCCUGUUGGAGCCAGAGGGGCCUCAGCCUGAGAUGCCUCCACUGUUCGUCCACCUCACCUGCUCUGUUAACAUGAAGAGCUGCCACGGAUCCAUGCCCAUAACCACGCUACCCACCUGCCUGGGUGAGGUGAUCACAUGUCUGGAGAAUGCAGAGGCCCUGCAGGCUCUUGAUCUGAAUGAUCUCUCUGUCACACUGGACAUCUUUGUCCUCACCUUACCCCUAGAGAUCGAGGGCAUGCAGUCUGACUUGAGGCACAACAGGUACACGUCAGAGAGCAGUGUGUCUCUGAACCGUUCUCCAGGUCAGCCCUCCUCCUACCGCUCUGAUGAGGAGCUGAUGGGCAACUUGGACAGCCUGAGAGGAGUAGGGGUUGACGGGGUUGGAGGAGACCCUUUGGCCAAACUCCCAAUUCCCCACAAACUAGCUGUGUUAGCCACCAUGGAUGAGAUCCGUUGGCUCUUGGAGGAUGAGAUUGUGUCAGCGCUGCGUCUCUCCCGGGUUAUCCGCUCGUCCACGCUACAGAAGGUGGCGGAUCACGUGUUUCGCUCAGGCGGGCGACCACGGUGCCACUGUGAGGUCGUUCCUCUGCAGUUUGUCUUCGGCCCUGAGCAGUCCCUGGAGAAGUUCAAAGAGGAGUUCCGUAGGAUGUCAUUCUCAGGUUAUCUUCUGAAUGGAGAGCAAGACAACUUCUACUACAUGUCUCUGAGUAGACUCCACCCCCAGAGGAUCCAGGCUGCUAAGAGGCUGUCUGAGAGCACUGUCAACCCUGGGGAGGCGGGAUGGAACUCUAUGAUUGGACGGAACUCACAGCCAACCAAUCACUGUCCUGAUGUGGACCACAGCGCCAGGGCUCCGUCCAAUCAUGGCACACCAGGGAGAAGACCUGACCACGAAGCAGAGGUGGCGAGGGUGGAGCCAGACAGUGAGGUUCAGGGAGAAGAGAAGAAGUCUACUGUCGGGGCUGUUAGUGAAUCUGCAAGUUACCCAGCCCAGGAGCCCAGCUACACCCCAAUCAAACCAUCCCGAGUUGACUCAGAGGAGGGCCCUAGACCCCGCUUGAGUUCAGUUGGUGCUACCGCCACUGCUGCGGGUGACAGCCCCCGGUUGAGUUUUGUUGGUGCCUCCACCAGUCGACCCCGACUGAGCUCUGUGGGCAGAGGAGGAGAGGAGAUAAGACCUCGGCUGAGCUCCGUGGGCUCCGCCUCCACCUCUACCUCUACUGCUACAGGGGACAGCAGCCAGAUCAGCACCCCACAGCUCCAGCCCAGCACUAGCACCGACCGUUCCUCAGAAUACACCUCGCCCCCCAAGACCCCCUCCACAGUCAGCCUGGCCGAGUCGGUGCAGUCCACCACCCACAGCAGCGGGAAGCUGAGGCCCAGUCGAGUCCAGAGUGUGGUCUCCAGUCAAGGCAGCCUGGACUCUGACAUGCUGGGUUAUGACGGUGGCAGCAGUGACUCUGAGUGUGAGAGCCCCACUGUGGAUGAGCAGGAGUCCCAGGCCCCUCUGAUGCCUGACUUCUGGCUCAUCGUUAAGAUCCACCAGGACAGAGUGGAGGUGUACUCUCAGUCUAGGAGCUUCAAUGAAGCUAAGGAGGGCAGAGUAGAGGAGAAGGAGGAGGAAGAAGAAGAGGAGGUUCCAGAGUACUUACGGCUGCAUCAGAUGGUGGUGAGGAAGAUUGGGGAGAUCUGCCGUGUAGUCAAUCAGCGUCUGCUACUCCAGGACCUCCACGACAGCCAUGUGUGUAACUCGCUCCUGGUGGCAGAGAGCGAAGAGGACAUCUGGAAGAAUGAGUCCCUGUACAGACAGAGACUGGCCAACUCCGAUGAUUACAAUGCAGAGGAGAGCUACCAGCCACGGGACUACCUAGCGGCCACAAUGCAGUUCAUCCCGGGUCACUUUGCCUGUGAGGUGGUGUGGAGCACCGUCAUCCACAUCCACCCUCGCCUCAAGAUGGGGCCUAACAUGGGGGUGUCCAGGGCUAUCCAGGCUCUGCGGUCAGUGCUCAACGCCAUGUGUGUGGUCAACAGGAAGAGCAUGUUUGUCUAUCAGGAGCGCUCCACUAAAUCAGUCUUCUACCUCAGACUUUCUGAGACGUCUCAAACAGGGAAAUACUCUGACCUGGAUGGCAACCUGCACCCCAUGUCUCGCUGCGUCGGCCUCGCCCGGAGCCAGGAGCCGCUCUACUCUGAGGACCUCACGGGCUCCCGGUCGUCUCUGGAAGGUGCUCGGCCGUCUCUGGAAGGUGCUCGGCCGUCUCUGGAAGGUGCUCGGCCGUCUCUGGAAGGUGCUCGGCCAGUGGGACAGGUGGACAAACACAUCCUGUUGCUGGUGCAUGGAGUGGGAAGUGCUGGUCCAGAGAUUACAGAUGAGCUGGUGAAGGUUCUGAGGAAGCGUCUGGAUGAGACCACCCUGGACAUCAUCACCAUCAUGCUGGGCAGGAACUGCAAACUCACCCCUGCUGACGUGGAGUUUAUCCAGCCGUCAGGCUCUCCAGCCACUGAGGUGAUGGAGUUUACUCUGCCGCAGUGCUUCAUGCCCUGGACCCCUGCUGUGGCCCACUACCUCAGGCAGAACCUGCUCAUCUUCCUCCACAUCCCCAAGUACACAGACAGCUACGUAGAACACCACUUCAAGCACUACUUCCAUCAGAGCAGUGAACUACCUGACUCUGAUGUCUACCUCUACAAUAAGCCUGGGGGCCAGGGGACUGGAGGGAAAGGUACCAUGUCGGACCUCGUUCAACACCUCUUCCCACCCUCUCAGUUCCAAGGUAUCGCCUGUAUCGCCCUGUCGUUCGUUGAUGCUCAAGGCUGCCCCUUGCAGCUUCCAGCCCAGUACUGCACCACACCACCCAGAGGGGAUGCAUCCACCAUCCUCCUACAGCCAGAUCAGUUUGACACCCUGACAACUGUCAUCAAGGUGGACUCCAACAACCUCAGCUCAGGGUCAGAGAUGAGGGUGCGUUUUGACAUCUGGGAGCAAGGUAACGUCUCCCCCCUCCAGCUGACUGACAAGCUGCGAGGGGCCCUGCGCCACGCCCUCUGUGACGUCAUCAUGGAACUCCGGGUCCUGCCGAAUCCCCUGUGUCUGGAGACGUUCUGCACUACACCGGGGAGAGGGCAGAGAGAGGACUCCACUAACGGUCUUAUAAGUCCUCCUCCAUUGGAAGCAAAGGAGGGGAAUGACCUGGAGGUUAGGGAAGUGAAGGAAUUUAAGGACAGCUUCCGGCCUCGUAGUGGCUCUAGGAGGGUUAAGAACAGCCCCUCCCCUAUCACCCUGAUUCCUGCCCCCCUUGGGACCACCCCCAACACCGGACCAAGCACCCCUGAGUCCACUACACCCACCGGCAAGACCACUCGCCGAAGCUUCUGGGAAAUACUGAGCAAGCCAGACUCCUCUGAGCUGGGGAGCCCGAAGACGACAGACGACAUCGUGCAGGAGAAGGGGGAGGAGGGUCGGACACGCAGGAGACACAAGACGGAGAACGUGAAGCAGCAGUGGAGCCAGGAGAAGGCCUUGGCUGUAGAACUGGAGCAGGCCCAGAGGAGACAUGUGUCCCAGCUAGAGGAGGGUGACAUUGGGACCCUGCACCCUCUAUACCAGGUCACCUGUCAGCCCUGGAUCACCUUCAUGGCUAAACUUGGAUGCCCGUCGAUUCAGCAGUGCACAGCUGAGAUUGCCUCCCAGUUUCUACUCCCGCCCAUCCUUACAGAGAUUGUCAAUCUGGUCAGCUCCCUGGCCAGUGACACCGCAGUCAAGGUGUUUGAGAGGACAAGUUGUCCCCAAGGAGACAUGUUUGCUCCCCUGCCUUUGAUCCACCACCUCAGCCAACCGCCUACCACCUCUAGAACCUUCAUCCUCAUUGGACGGAACUUCCACCAAUGGCAUUGCAGCACAGAGCAAGAAGACAGUUCAGAUGAUGAAAACAUCCCUGAGAUUAGUAGGUUUACACCUCAUAAGGGCUUCCAGCGCUUCGAGGCCUUGGAGCAGUCUGAUUGUUUCAGCCCAGGGCAGGCCUCGAGGGGCGUGGCCCCAAGACAGAGGUUCCUCCUCAUACACAUCCUGGAUAAGAAGGUGACCCUGUACACCUAUAACUGGUCGGUGGACCUUGGUGUGUCUCUGAACCGGGGACUGGUCAGGCUGGUCCAGUGGCAGAAUGCCAGAUCCCACGUUGUCCACUGUCUCCUCAACCAGAAGAUGGGCCUCUUCCACCACUACUGCUUCUCAGACACACCGGCCCACGCAGACCUCAAACAGGAGCCCAACCCGUUCCUGAACCCAACCUUGGAGGCUGAUGCCCUGCUGAGGAGCCCAGUGCCCCCCGUACCCAGCAAGGACCAGAGCAAGCUGGCUAGCUCCGUCCGCUCCCUGGCCCCCCUCCACUUCCCCUCAGAGCUGGUGCCCUUUGACGAAGCCCUCCGGGACAUCGGGAUGGGCCGCCCCCUGGCCAGCGCUCAGGACGGGGCCGACGUGGUGGCUCGGCACGGGGCCCAGCUACUAGAGGUCAAGGCUGCAGAGAGGAGAGAGAUGGAGAAGCAGAUGAAGAUUGAGAACCUGUUUGUGACUUGGCAGCAGAGGUCAGCUCAGUCCAACAUGCCCAUCUCUGUGGUGGACUUGGACACUCUGAAGCAGUCGUCCAGGCUAGUGCACUACUGCGCCACCCCUCUGCUCUUUGACCCCGUGUUCAGGAAGCAGAUCCAAGAGGAGCAGAUUGUCCAACCUCAACAGGUCAAGAAGCGCCACUGCUCCAGUGACUCCACGGCGUCUGGCAGGGACCGUAGCUACAGUACGGACUCAGCUGAUAUGCUGCCUAGCCGGCUGAGAGAGGAGCCCUGGCUGCAGGACAUCUCUAACACCUUCCUCCAGCAGUAUGUCCAGUACCUUCAGAGUAUGGGCUUCAUCCUGGUCCAGGUCCGGCCACAGUCCCCCGCACGCAGCAUCGCCAGGGCCCGGGCAGCCAUGCUCAGCUCACUCUCGUCAGAGAGGCAGUCCUUCUCCUAUAACAAGGCCAGGAGUGAGGACAGCCCAAAGAGCACAGGGUCAGGCACCACUGCGUACCACCUCCAGAGGGCGCUCCCAGGGGGCAUCGUACUGAUGGAGCUGGCCUUCCAGGGUUGCUACUUCUGUGUGAAGCAGUAUGCUCUGGAGUGUUCCCGCAUCCCCAUGGGACAGACCGUCAACUCUCAGGGCUCCCUCCUCACCAAACCUCUUCGUCUCAAGCCGUUCCCUGACGCCACACCGGUCUCUGACUCUGCGCUCUCCAUGCUGUUCACAGAGGAGUGCGAUAAGGUGCGUGACCUGAUGCACGUGCACUCGUUCAGCUAUGACUUCCACCUGCGGGUGGUGCACCAGUACCUGGUGGGCUGUCACAUGACCCUGCGGCAGGGAUACCAGCUGACCGGCUUCCUGGAGGACUUCAUUGCUCAUCACCCUGACAUCCCCAAAUUCGGACGCAAUCACGUCUUCCAGGGGAGUUUCUCUAUCUCUACGGGGAUGAUCACAGCCCACCAGCUGUAUAACUACAUCACUGACCACGCUGGCACCUAUGGCAUGAAGCCCCUUCGCAUGUCCAAGGUUGCAAUGACCAGCGAAGGCAAGAAGGGAGCGCCACCCAGCUCCGACCUGCAUGAGUAUGCUCUGGUGGCGCUUUGGAACAGCUCGGGCUCUUACAAGGACCUGGAAGGCCUGCGUCACCAUGACGAUUUUGACGUGUCCCUGCUGGUGUGUCACAAUGCCGCUCCAUUUGAGGAGCAGUCGGAGGGAGAGAGACAUCUGCUGAGGCUGCGUUACUACGUGAUCAUGACCAGUCAGCGAGAGCUGUUCCCCCGGCUGACUGCUGACAUGCGGCGCUUCAAAAAGCUUCCCCAGAUACACCGAGAGGCCCGCGACCUGGGAGGAAAGGUUCCCCCUGAGAGAGGGACAGAACUGGGCGGGGCACGGGACCCUGAACCGGACCUCUGGGAGGAGACCCCACCUGCAACCUCAGCCCCAGACACCGCCAUCUCUACCCCCAGCGAUGGGAACGAGUUUUACCCCCUGACUGGCCGCCGGAGGUCUGGGUCUGGGGCCCAGGGACUCCUCUACCCCUCUCCUCUGUUCCCUCUACUCAAUCAGGAGGUGGGCUGUGCACGGAGGCAGAUCCAGGCGAGCGUGGAGCAGGCCAUGGGCCACUGUCGCAGGGAUAAUCUGUGGAGGAGGCUGUUCCAUGGUGAACACCAUCACCUGGCCAUGGACAAGCUCAAGCUGAGCAAACUGUCCUUCAGCGAAUUGGAGGAGCUCCUCAACGCCGUGCAGAGUCGAUCUGUCGAGGAGAUCGACCCACAGCUGGACUGUUUCCUAACCAUGAGUCCCAGCUGGUACCAGAGUCUGAUCAAAGUGCUGCUGACUCGAUUCCCUCAGAGCUGCCGACACUUUGAUGACAGUGGCAUUCAGUAUCUGGCUGUCCUAAACCAGAAAUUCACUGACUGCUUUGUUCUGGUUUUCCUUGACACUAAGGCAGGAAAAACGAGCCUCAAGGUUGUGUUUAGGGAGCCGUUGCCAUCCCAACCGCAGCCUAGCAGCAGCCCCCCACCCCAGCUGGUGUCCAUGUACCAUCAUCUGGAGUCUGUGAUCAACACAGCCUGCUACAACCUUUGGACCGGUUUGCUCUAGGGCUGGAGGGCCAAUCAGGACCAGGCGUGCCUCAGAGAAACGGAGCUGCUGGGAGGUGUAGUUCCAGACAGGCGGCUUCCUUUAUAGGCCGCCUUGGCUUGUGGGACACCAAUAAAGGAUGUUAUCAUUGAAAUGUGCUGAACCAGCGAAUCAGAGAGAUAGUUUGCAGGUCAAAGCUUCCUGUACAAAUAAUCAGUCGUUUACUAAUUCUACCACUGGGGGGAAAUAUAUUCGGAGGAACUAUACACACAAUUGCACACAAAGGUUCUUCUUUAUCAGACAGUGUAUGUGCCCUAUAGUGACUGAAAAUACAUUUUUACUUUCCUCUCAACACAAAAUGUAAGUUGAACCAGAGACCGGCUUUGGCUGAACUCUUUUCUGCCAGUUGUGGGUGUUGAAAUGCCCUCUGCAGUGGACAUUGGGCCUCACAGACAGAAGUCAUUUUAUAAACGCUUUGCUUUGAGGCUCAGGUGAACACUACCUCACAAUGACAGAAUCCGAUUGAAGAAGGUUUAGCUUUUUGCACUGAACAGUGCACCAGAUCAAAGCAGGGAAGUUAUGCAAUUUGCCCCCAUUUCAAUGCCAACUUUCUGGGCCCAUUUCUCAUUGACUUGGAGGUCAGUGGUGGUAGGGUAGAAUGAAAGGGGGGUGAGACUUUGUCUAGUUUGAUCUAAAGCCGAACUUCUGUAUGUAAUCUCAGUCAUGUUCCCAUUCAGCUUCUACUUCUAAUGAGAGAUCAUCCACAAUACAUGUGCAGUUAACCUGAAGUGGAUCUCACUCCCCAACCAACUGAAUUGGACUGUAAACAAGUCACUAUUGUGCAACCAAGUGUUGGGAAAUUAGAUUCUAUUCUCCAACUCGUAACCCAUUUAUCAUUGUAGGUGUUCAAAUCCUAUGAACACGAAUAUAUGAAGUUAUUUCUCUCGGAUCCUGUGCCUUGCGAAGGUACAGGACGAGAUGCUCAAGAUCGCCACUGCACACAAUCCAGUGAAUGCACAGUCUUGAGUCUUCUGCAGAGGUGAAAGAUUGCUGCCAUUUCAGUCUGAAAUAUUGGGUAAUAGAUUUUUUUUUCCCUCUUCCCAUUGUAUCCUACCUGUCAAACCUGCUACCCAAUUUGCCCUACUGCCAUAUUUUCAUCCUAGAAGUGCCUUAGUUUUUGUUUUAUUUCUUAACAAUGCUAGCAGAGCAGUUUUAUUGUUAUUGCAUCAAUCGUGCAAGUGGAAUUUCUGGGAAAUGCAAUUGGACUGCUAACUAGCUACAUUCGGACAGGCUUGAGGGUAUAGCUGGUCUCUGUUUACAAAGAUAUGGAGUGUUGGGUGGACAUACUGUAGGAGCCAGCUUGUGUACAACAUUGUAAUAUCACACACACACCACACACCCACACAUCAGUUCAGAGAUGUCAUUGCAAUACCUUAUGACUUCAAGAUGGCCUUAACGUUUGUACACGUUUCAAUGGAAGGAAACCAAAUGUUUCAAUAUUGUUUAAAGUUCCUUAUUAAAAAGGAAUGAAUGAAAUUGGAAUGUUAAUAAUAAUGGAUUUCCGAGUAAGGUGAAUUGUGUCUUUACAGAUGUUUCGAAGGUAAGAACACUGGAUUUUGAAUAAUUCAAGAUGAUGUUAACAGUGAGGCCAGCUAUAGCAACAGUAUAUGCAUUCUGAAACUGUACUAUAAUCUGAACCUUGUACAUGUACAUUAUGUAUAUACAGAUGGAUUUGUAUGAUAUGCUACAAUAAACCUUAUGGUAUAUUCAA